AUGAGUGAGUUUCUAAAGUUGGGGUCCAAUAGCGAUGAUGUUAGGAUUGUUGCCAUAUGGGGGAUUGGUGGAAUAGGCAAGACUACAAUUGCUAAAGCAGUGUAUAAUCGCGUACAUCGUAUUCAUCAGUUUCAAAGCAGUAGCUUUCUUAAUGAUGUUGGACGAACUUCUAGGGAUACCAACGGUGUUGUUAAAUUACAAAAACAGCUUCUUUCUGAUCUCCUAAAGGAUGGAAAUGAGAAAAUAAGAUGCGAGGAUCAUGGUAUUGAGGUGAUUAAAAGGCGAGUAUGGCAUCGAAGGGUUCUUCUUGUUCUCGAUGACGUGGAUAAUGUGCGCCAAUUGAGGGCAUUAGCCAUAAAUCGUGAUUUGUUACGUGGUGGAAGUAGAAUCAUAGUAACAACUAGAGAUUUGUCCUCAUUAAGUUCGCUUCGAUUGGAUAAGGUGAGUGAGGUGUAUGAGCUUGAUGUGUUGAAUGAGCAAGAAUCUCUUCAACUCUUCAGUUGGCAUGCCUUCAAGAGUAAUCGUCCUGAAAAAGAUUAUGAGAACCUCUCUCAGAAAGUAGUGAGUUAUGCCAAGGGGCUUCCUUUAGUUCUUGAAAUUUUAGGUUCUUUUUUGUCGGACAAAACUGUACUUGAAUGGAAAGGUAAAUUGGAGAAGUUGGAAAAGAUUCCUGAUCAUGAUGUUCAACAAAAACUUGCACUUAGCUUCAAUGCACUUGAUGAUAAACAAAAUGGUUUAUUCUUAGAUAUUGCAUGUUUUUUUGUUGGAAUGGACCAAAAUUUGCCGAUCAAAAUUCUAAAAGGCUGUGAUUUCUAUCCGGAAUCUGAUAUUGGGGUUCUAUCUCGUCGUUGUCUUGUAAGUAUUGAUGGGCAUAACCAGCUGAAGAUGCAUGAUCUAAUUCAAGAUAUGGCUAGAGAGAUCGUCCGUCAAGAAUGCCCUGAAGAGCCUGGUGAACGUAGUAGAUUGUGGUUUCAUGAAGACAUUCUCAAUGUAUUGAGAAAUAACACUGGGACAAAAGCAGUUCAAGGCUUAGUCCUAAACUUGCCGGAACUACGAUUCAAUUGGAAUCGUCUACAACUAAAUUGGAAUGCAUUUAUAAAGAUGGAGAGGCUGAGACUGCUUCAACUCGAUUUUGUCCAUAUAAGUGGAAGUUACCGAUCUCUCUCUGGUAGACUUGUAUGGCUAUCUUGGAAAGGGUUCUCUUUGAAAUGUAUACCAUCAGCCUUAAUUAUGGAUAAUCUGGUUGCCAUUGACUUGAGCUAUAGCAAGCUCAAACAAGUUUGGAGAGGAACUAAGGUUUUGUGCAAAUUAAAAUACCUUUAUCUCAGUUAUUCGUGUUUCUUGAUCAAAACUCCGGACUUCACGGGGUUCACCAGUCUUGAGAAAUUGUUGCUUAAUGGUUGUACAAAGCUGGUAGAGGUUCACCAGUCAAUUGGACGUUUGGAAAAUCUUCUUGUCUUGGAUCUGAAUAACUGCCAGAAUCUUGAGAAGAUUCCCCUUAGCAUUUUCAUGUUGAAGUCUGUCAUUGAAGUCAAUCUGUCGGGCUGCUCUAAAUUACAGUGGCCAACAUACUUUCAAAGAUGGCCACUUGAAUCAAGCUUCUCGUCGUUACAAUUAUCAAGUAGCCUCAGGAAAAUAGUUAUGAACGACUGCAAUAUAACACAUGUGCCCAUCGAAAUUGGUAGAUUGAUGUCCUUGGAAUAUUUGAAUCUUAGCAGAAACCAAUUUUCCAACCUACCAGCUACCAUCUCUACCCUUCCGCUACUGAAGGUCCUCCAGUUAGACGAUUGUGGUCGGCUUGAAUCUAUUGGGGACCUUGCAGUAAAUUUAUUGGGAUUGCGUGUACACUGCUGCGCAUUGCAAAGCAUAUCAAUGGAAUCAGAAGCUGGAGAAGCAGAAUUCAUGACUUGUUACCAUUGUCCCAUAUUAGUCAACAACAAUUUGGCAUAUAAUUUUAGAAGAAAUAUACUCCGUCAUCCGGGACUGCGAAAAAUAGGUCAGUAUAGUAUUGUUGUUCCCGGGAGUGAGAUUCCGAGGUGGUGCAACUACCAGAGUGAUGGAAAUGUUAUAAGUUUUCGGGUGCCUCAGCUCGUGGGUCGGAUAUUACAAGGCUAUAUUCUCUGUGUUGCUUUUUCUGGCGGCUGGAAAGAAUAUCUUGGCUCCCAAAAACACACUCGCUCGUUUAACAUUGUAUGUGAGUUUUUAAAUAAAACCAUGAUGUUUACAUAUCAAUUUGAAGCACAAAUAGUUGGUUUUGAUCAUUUAAGAAUUGAAGAUCAUCCGAGAGUUGAAGAUCAGAUGUGGCUCACCUACGUACCAAACCAGUUACAUUAUCUAUGGCGUUGCUUGCAUAAUUAUAUGUUGUACAGUGGAGAUGAAAUGGAGAUAACAGUAAGAGACCAGUGUAAUGGCUGGUCGGUGAACAAGUGUGGGGUUUGUCUGGUUUACAAGGACGAUGAGAAGGAUCCCAAUUAUGAUGCCGCCUCACUUCACCCAAUCACUAUUGCUUCAGAGUUCCCUCCAGUUGAUGAAAAUGAGCUUGUGAUAAAGUCGACAACUUAUGGAAUUCUCUGUGAGGCUCAUAUUUUUAACCAUCCAUGUUGCACUACACAGGAUUAUUUCUCUCAUGUUGAUUACAAUCAUUGGCUUCUAUAUGUGGUUGCACCUACUUCUGGUGGAUCGCGAAGCACUGAAUCAUCUAAUAUUCCUUCCGGCACUGCCCUUGCCACCGGCGACGCUCCAUCGCCGGAUAAUCGCCGAUAA